CACUUCAAAGCGCUACUGCUGCCAUGAUUUGAGCAUCCCUUACUGUGAGCUGUGUUGCUCGCAGGCUGCUAAUCUCAGUUAGCUGUUAAACUCUGGAAAAAGGGAUGUCGUUGCCUCAUGCUUUUUUAUGAAGAGGCGUUUGUGACAUGGCGGAGCUGCAUGUUAUCGGCCAGAUUGUCGGGGCAAGUGGUUUCCCAGAGAACAGCCUGUUUUGCAAAUGGGGAGUUCACGUGGGAAGAAUAUGGCAGCUGCUUUCCGGGCUGAAAGAGGGUCAGACCCAGGUGGAUGUCCCCCAGAUUGGAGACAUGGCAUUCUGGGGUCACCCGAUCGAUCUGCACUACGCGACCAAGGGAAUCCAGGGCUGGCCGAUGCUUCACCUCCAGGUGUGGCACCAGGAUUCUUUCGGACGCUGCCAGUUGUUCGGGUACGGAUACUGCCACGUCCCGUCCAGCCCCGGACACCACCGGGUCCGCUGUGUGACCUGGAGGCCGCUCGGCUCCUGGCAGGAGCAGCUCGCACAAAUGUUCGUUGGCGGAGGACCCCAGCUCCGCAGCCCGGAGCUCGUCUACAGUGGAGCAGAUAGAUACAGACUGCACACCGAAGCCAUGGGCACCGUGGAACUAGAGCUUGGCAUCAUCAUGAGGCACUUCGACAAAUUUGGCAUUGAGAGUUAAUGCAGCGAAAUGAAAGGGACACCCUGAACAAUGUUAUGGACUGCGUGUUAUGUACAUAGACCGUAAAUAAAGAUGGACGGUGCUUCCGGUUCCAAAAGAAGAAGCCUAUGAAAAAGUGCUUAAAAAUGUAAUACUGUGGAGAUCCUAAACCGUCCCGUCCAGCCCCGGACACAACCGGGUCCGCUGCGUGACCUGGAGGCCGCUCGGCUCCUGGCAAACAAUCAAGAUGCAAUGAUUAAAUCUCGAAUCUCUUGGCUUCAAAACGGAAGUUCACAAACCAAUGGGUGACGGUUGCUACUCGGUUGAGCUGGGAG